GGACCUUUCACUCCGUGCAUGCCGAAUCCAGAGAAACGGGGGGGGAAAUCGAUGGCAACAUGCGCCCACGCGCACGCUGCAGGAGGUGCAACCACUGCCGGCUACCAAGCGCGUGCUGCUGCUGCUGCAGGAUCCUGUCAAUGCGAGUCCCACUGUCACCCGAAUCUCUCUCCGGAGGCAUCCGAUAGCCCCCCGGCACUCGUCGUGCUGCUCGAAUAUAUCCACGCUAGGACCCCCGGCAGCCCCGCUGCGCUCGUCGCGCUCCUCGAGGCGGCCGCCGCCGGGAGCGACAUGCUUCUUCCCGUGGUGAUAGGGUCGUCGAAGGGCCAGCAGCCCGUUCCCAACUACUUGCCGAUGCCUGCAGCACGAGGAGCAACAGUAGCAGGCGGAGUCCCUCCGGAGUUCCUCCUUCCACUUGCCGUGAAGCACAACUACUUGGACUGCGUGCGGGAACUGCUCACGCUGGGCGCCAAUGUAGAAGCGGUGGACGAGAUCGGGUUGACGGCGUUGCUCGUGGCUACACGGGCCGGGAACGUCUCGGCGAUCGGCAUCCUGAUCGAUCUGGGCUCAGCAGACGUGAACAGCAGAGGGCAGACCGUGUGGACAGCUCUGCAUUUCGCCGCGCACGGCGGGGAUCCGGCGACGAUAGAGGCGCUCGUCACCCGGGGCGCGGAGCUGUCCGCGAGGACGACCCUCAAGGGCAAGUCCCCGCUGCACAUCGCCGCCGGGCACGCGCAGACGCGGGCGGUUCAGGAGCUCGUGCUCCGCUGGGGGGCCGACGAGACGCAGCUCGACGGCCACGGGCGCUCCGCCAGCGACAUCGUGGGCGUCCUGAAGAACGUGUUCGAUCGGGGAGCCGGGCACGCCGAGGAGGUGGAGAGGAUCAAGGUGAUGCUGGCGAACGCGCCGGCGGACCGGAGGUGGAACCGCCGCCGGGACGUGGUGAUGCUGGUGUCGCGCUUGAGGGGAAAGAUCGCGCGAGAGCGCAUCCUGCAGGAGACGGGCAGCUGCAGCAGCGCCGUCAAGAAGAGAGAGAGCGUGGUGGACGCGACGGAAGUGGCGGCGGCCGCAGUCCUGCUUGACCCUGCUGUGUUGGUAGUCGGAGGUGAUGGUGUCGGUGGCAGGGGUGCCGAUGCCGAAGUGCUGGGGGGAGAGGGUGGGGCCGUGACGGUCGGGCAGCAACAGGCGUCUGCGCCGGUAGGGAUGGAGACGUUUCGUGACGCGGUGACGCGUUUAGCAGGGGAAGACGAUAUCGGGAUCUUUUGCAGCGUCGUGAGCUUCUUGUUGUCGACACCGGUUACUGGGAGCGAAUCUCAACGAAGGCCAUGCAACGGCUACGGCCACGUCUACCGCUGUAUUUCGGGGGUCGGAAUCUCUCGUGUUGUUCUCAAGACUUUGUUCCCGUUGCAUUUAAGUGGGGAUUCAUACUGCUUGGCAGUCGCUUUUUCGUGAGGGGGGGUCCCCGUCCGAUCCGUUCGUCUCGGUCGCCUGAAGCUUGUGUUGUGUUUUCCAUUUGUGUAUCAGAGUUUGUGAAUCCGCCCGCGCCACUUGCGAGGAUGCAAGUGUGGGUUAGUUGCGAAGCGUACCUGUUUUCGAAAGCUAAGCAGCUCUUCGUCGAAUGGUGUAGAUGCAUCUUCUUCCGUUUCGAAGAGGCUGGGGUAGUGGCGAAUCGUACGUGUCUGCGAAAGGUGGUAGUACAUGCUAGGCAGCUCUUUGCCGAGAGGUGUAGCUGUGCUUCUUCCCUUCCGAAAAGUGUGAGAAUCGUCUGCGAUCUUGCGCAUCGAAUUGCAGAGAGGUUCAAGGUACAUUGCCGCCAGGCACCUUUCUAUUUGGAGGGCCUACCCGACAGUGAGGGACGAUUUCAGUAAUAUACCGCUUGAAACGGUCUUGUACCUCGUGGGGGAGGGCACCGUAUGUCAUCUUCGGGGGGUGCCGUAGAUUAUCGCGUGGGGCUAUCUUAGAUCAUCUUGACGGUCGUAUGUGGCCACCCAACGAUGACCCCCUCAUCUUCGUGACGGUUUCAGAUAGCUGGUCGUGUGUAGCCAUUAACGAAGCAGGAGCGAAGCCCCUUCUUCAGUCCAGACGACGUUCUUGAGCUUGGCGGCAUCCAGGUCCCAAGACCUCAAAUAUCGCAGCAUGUGGAGUCUCUUCUCUCUGUUGUGUUUUCACGCGUUGUUGUUGUGGCUGCCGUAUUGCUGCAUGAUUUGCGCUGAUUUGGCGCCGUCAAGACUGCUGUGGUACGCUCUCAGGCUCGCUGUUCCACCGUGUAGAGUCGUGGUCACUGGUUUCAAAACGGUGACUAGGAGCAGUAUUUAUUUCCUAGUUUCGUGGAGUGAAUCGAUUUGUCGCACGGAAGGGCUUCUUCUGCACCUAAAUUCUAGAUCAUUGGUAUUGGCCCGUGAACGUGUCCCGAAUGAAUUGGUUGCGUCCUUAUUUAUUCUGUUUACGUGCCUGCAUGCGGCGUUCUCGGGCUUCAUUAGAUUCGUUAGUCAGUCUAUACCCCAGGUAAGGAAAUGGUUCGUGCCUCAACUUGGCCAUGUCCCGCCUCGUCGCUUGAACGCUCUUGUUAGUUUUCUCCCCAGUGUGGUGUGUUUCUUGUCUGGCGUCUCUCGUUCCCUUGGUCGUGCAUGGUGGAGAGUGUCGCUUCCUCUUGGUCCUAAUAGGGGUUGGUGCACGGGCUCUCCGGUGGCGUAUACCGGCGGAGGGACGCGUUGUUGCUUCCACCUUCGUUCCAAAAUGUUGAUUCAUGCCGUUCCAGUUGUGUUUCCUUGUGCCUUAGAGUGUAACCCACGGUAGCAGAAGGUCGUGAUGGUCCCCUCCUGUCCGUACUUGUGUUGGUCUGUAUUUUUUCUGUGAAAGGUAUCGCCGUCGUUGUUCUUGUUUUAUUUUGAUCCUGUGUUGGUGGAACAAGCAAGCUUGGCGUGGGAUAUACAUCCUCAACAAUGGUUAUGUCGUCAUUUUUCCUUUUGUUCGUGUCGUCUCAUGGGUCCCGGCAAAGACUUCGGUGUUCGUAUCCCUGUAUACCUCCGUGAACAACACGGCAGAUUUAUCGGGGCGCCGUGUGUUCACGCUUGGUUUUCUCAGACCGGCUUUAUUGGUACGCUUUCUUUCGAUCGGGUGGGUGGAAGUCGGGUGACGCUUGAUAAGUCGCAUAUUUCGGCGUGUUUGCGAUGCUGUGACGUGGUUGUGGGCAUCGUGCGCCAACAGACGAAGCGUUGCAAGUACCAAGCCAACAGUACGAGGGAGUACAUAACGCACCUCACACGACACGUGAUUAAUAGACGUUGCGGAAGGGUAUUGUUUGACACCAGACAUUUUGGAUCUCUUUUGGUAGGCGUAGGGUAAGAAUCUUGUUUGAGGCAUUUUCCGCAAAACAACGAUAAGAUAGUCGAGGGGUGUCUCGAUUUUAUACUUUAUGCGAAUGUUAAGUUGGGCACGCUUCUACGGAGGCUCGCUGUCGCCGCUCGUCCUUCAAUGAAACGAAAAUUUACGGCGCAUGCAUAUGGUCUGGGCGGUCAGACGUGUGCAAGCUGAGGAUAACGGUACGCAAAUGUACGAGAGGUUCCAAUUGGUAUGGGUUUGGAAAUAUAUUUAGCAGUAGGUAAGGUGUUCUGGAAGCACCACGAUAUAACAGCUGAGGUUUCAUGUUGUCGCUGGUGUUUUUGAGGGAGUUCCCGAGAAGAGCGCAAACAGUCAGGAUCAGCGUGCUCGCUGUAUUGGUAUUUGAAGCGCUGCAUGGAGUGUGCAGCAAGUACAGUAGUAGGACGCGUGUUUGUUCACGUGCGGCGGAAUGCUGGAGAGGAAUGGGGGAGAGACCCACAAUGGGGCGAUAAAGCCCCUGCUGUGUUUGUGCGUUCGAUUGACCAAGGACGUUCGUUCAUGAAAUGGCAGCAAAGGAAAGCCUAUGCUGUGUUGCACGUAGCGCAACAUGUUGGUAUUUGCGUCAUCAGAGUGUAGUUUGUAUGUUCAGACAUCGCUAGAUCUUACGCCCUGAGGCGCAAAUACGUGUUGUGUGGUUUUGUUUCAGUUCGCUGGAGUGGAGGUGUGAAACUAUACUACAUCAUCUCGAUGAUGUAGGUUACGUGUUCGACUGUCCGUAGAGCAACGCGAAUGGGCGCGCGAGGACUUGAAGUGAGAUGUCAUUAACACUUAACAGUACUAGUC